AUGAACCACGCCCGGCAACGGCUGAUACGUGAGCUGACUGCGGCCUGGCCCGCCGUUCCGAGGCCCUCGCGGUCCGGACAGCUUCCUGUUUGCCAGCAACAGACCAGAGCCAGCAGCAGCAGCACCGACAGCCCGAUCCGCUACACACAUUCCACGGCGUCCUGUCCGCAUAUGGUCGAGGCGUUGAAUGUGGCCGGUGCGACCUCAGCUCAGCAGCAGCAACCUCAGAGCGCCCGCAACACGAUCCGCCUGGAAGAUGCCCGUCCCUACUCGGAGGUGCCCGGUCCUAAGCCACUGCCGAUUCUGGGCAACACCUGGCGUGUUUUCCCCAUCAUCGGCCAGUACAAAAUUUCUGACGUGGCAAUGAUAUCGUUCCUGCUGCACCGUGACUACGGUCGGAUCGUGCGCCUCGGUGGCCUCAUCGGUCGUCCCGAUUUGCUGUUCGUCUACGAUUGCGACGAGAUCGAGAAGGUUUACCGUAACGAGGGUCCGACACCGUUCCGACCGUCGAUGCCUAGCCUCGUGAAGUACAAGAGCGAACUGAGGAAAGACUUCUUCGGUGAUCUACCGGGUGUCGUCGGGGUUCACGGUGAGCCGUGGCGCGAGUUUCGAUCGCGCGUCCAAAAACCGGUCCUCCAGCUGUCGACUGUCCGCCGCUAUGUGUCACCACUCGAGCAGGUGACGGAAGAGUUCAUCGACCGGUGCCAGCAGCUGCUGGACGAUCGUCAGGAGCUACCGGACGACUUUGACAACGAGAUCCACAAGUGGUCCCUGGAGUGCAUCGGUCUGGUAGCGCUCGACGCACGGCUCGGAUGCCUGGAGCCUAACCUGGACCCAAAGUCUGAACCGCAGCAGAUUAUCAACGCGGCGAAGUACGCCCUGCGCAAUGUGGCCACGCUCGAGCUUAAGGCACCGUACUGGCGAUACUUCCCGACACCGAUCUGGUACAAGUACGUCAACAAUAUGGACUACUUCGUGAAAGUAUGUAUGAAGUACAUCAAAAACGCCACACAGAGGAUGAAACUGAAUGAAGGCCGUGCGCUCGAUGGAGAGCCGUCGCUGCUGGAGCGUGUCAUCAAGAGCGAAAACAACGAAAAGCUAGCCGUUAUUAUGGCGUUGGAUAUGAUUCUGGUUGGCAUCGAUACGAUUUCCAUGGCCGUUUGUUCGAUUCUGUACCAGCUGGCUACACGACCCGUCGAGCAGCAGAAAUUGUACGAGGAGCUGAAGCGCCUAAUGCCGGACCCGAAGACUCCCCUCACAAUCCAACUGCUCGAUCAGGCGCACUACCUGAAAGCAUUUAUCAAGGAGGUGCUGCGAGUGUACAGCACGGUCAUCGGCAAUGGCCGCACGCUACAAGAGGAUACCGUCAUCUGUGGCUAUCGGAUUCCGAAGGGGGUACAAUGCGUCUUCCCGAAUCUAGUCCUUGGCACGAUGGAAGAGUACGUGACCGACGCGCAGCGGUUCAAGCCGGAACGCUGGCUAAAGCCGGCCCAGGGUGGCUCCGGUGAUCAGCUUCAUCCGUUCGCUUCGCUACCGUACGGAUACGGUGCGCGCAUGUGCCUCGGGCGACGCUUUGCCGAUUUGGAGAUGCAAAUACUGCUGGCUAAGCUGUUGCGAUCGUUCAAGCUCGAGUACCAUCACAAACCACUGGAAUACGUCGUCACAUUCAUGUACGCCCCCGAGGGUGCCCUCAAGUUCAAAAUGACACCACGCGAGGACUAA